AAUAAUAAAAUGGGGGAUUUGGUGAGAAUCGCAAAACUCCACUUUCCCCUUCUCUCAUACCACUCUCUCACUUCUUAUCAUUAUUCUUUUCAUUCCCAUUUUCUCAACGCACACCACCACCACCCUCACUUCUCUCUCUCCUCACUCUCUCUCUCUCACACUCCCAAACAAAAGUAAAUAAAAUACAAAAGGUUAGUUACUCUUCUCUUCCUUCCAACACCAAGCCAUGGAGGGUCUUCCACAAGGUUACCGUCCCAACGUUGGUGUCUGUCUCAUCAACUCCGAUGACCAGAUUUUUGUAGCUUCUAGGUUGAAUGUCCCAGGAGCAUGGCAAAUGCCCCAGGGGGGAAUUGAAGAAGGUGAGGAGCCCAAAUCUGCUGCCAUUAGGGAACUUCGAGAAGAAACUGGCAUAGUAUCUGCUGAGAUCAUUGCUGAGGUUCAGAAAUGGUUGACAUAUGACUUCCCUCCUGCUGUGAAGGCUAAAGUCAAUCGCCUUUGGGGAGGUGAAUGGCAUGGACAGGCACAAAAGUGGUUUCUUAUGAGAUUAACAAAAGAUGACAGUGAGGUCAACUUGUCCAAUGGUGAAGCAGAACCUGAAUUUGCAGAGUGGAAAUGGGCAGACCCUGAAGAAGUUAUUGAGCAGGCUGUCGACUACAAGAGACCAACCUACGAAGAGGUUAUAAGAACCUUCAAGCCUUACUUUCAAGGGAGUGCAAUAUCUGGCAAAUGUAAAUCAACAAAGUGGUGAAUGUUAUGAGUGUGCAUUUUAGUUCAAUCCAUUUUCUUGUCUAAUUUCACUGAGUUUCGAUAGCACUCAGCUAUUUGUAAAGGGGGACGAUAGUUAGAACUGUCUAUUAGGUACUUACCUUCUUGUAAUAAUAAGCUAUGUGCAAAUGCCUAAUUUCUAUUUUAAACCUUACUGCAAGGAGGAUUGUGAAUGUGUAUAGAAGAAUUGUUCAAUGAAGUAGGAAGUAUCGUGCGGCAGAAGUA